GUCAAACUUGGCAAUCCUUUUAGGGACGGAGGGAGUAGCAAUAGAUGAACAUGGAGUAGCUUGAUACAAUGUAAUUGUUCAGCUGCGUUUUCUGCUUUGUUCCGCCGUGAAUGAUCUCUUCCAAACCGGCUGACUGAUUGCUUUCCUACGGCCUGCCAUUGCUCCCAGUAGAUGACCUGCCCUUUUUUUCUCUCGUUCUUGCUGCUAAGUGCAGCUUUCUUCCGACCCAGAGCUACUUGCCGCUUAAUGAUUGCGGGUGUGAAUUGUUCUGCGGCAGAAUUGUUGUGUGGCCGGUUGCUCUCCCUGAUUUUAUCUCCUUUUUCUUCGGUUGAGACUGAUGGAUCAACCUGUCCCUUCUUGUUUGGCCGCCCAUGUGAGCCGCAGCUGCCUGCUAACUUUCCUCUUCUUGUUUUUGUUGGCCGACUACUCCAUCUUAUCUCAUUUGUUUAUUUUGUUCUUUUUCCUUCUCUUUAUUUUGUUUUGUUUUCUUUGUUACGCAGCUUGGCUGCUUUUGUGAUUUUUUUUUGUGUGUUUUUUUCUUUCUUUUGUUUAUUCUGAUUUUGAAAUGCAGCUACACUGCUUGUUUUUUUUAUUUCCUUUUCCUGAUUUGUUUUUGC